CCCAUCACUCUCGUGAACAAAAAUCUCAAACUUGUUCAACACAGAAUGGCCGCCUUACUCAAACUCCUCCUCCCCAUUCUCUCCCUCGCUCUCUCCUUCCUCCUCCUCUCCACGCAUUCCGCCACCGCCGCAGCCGCCGCCUCUUUUCUCGCCGACGACGACGAAGCCGAAGAGUACAUCCUCGACGCGCCGUUCUCCGGGGCGCCCAGGCUGAGGAGUAGGUUCUUAGCGAGCGUAAUAAAGAAGGGGAAGAGGUGCGACGCCGUGAGCAACAACGUGUGCAACGGCGUGUCGGCGAACAACGGCACCAGCCUCCUCUACUGCUGCAAGAAGCACUGCCGGAACGUGCUGGGCGACGUCAACAACUGCGGCGCCUGCGGCCGGAAAUGCGGCUUCGGACAGCGCUGCUGCGGCGGCGCUUGCACCGACGUCGUUUAUAACCCUUUGAAUUGUGGGAAAUGCACCAAGGCUUGCUUGCCUGGGGUUCCAUGCAAUUAUGGAUCUUGUGGCUAUGCAUAAUUAAAUUAAAAGAAUUAUAUUAUUUCACUUAUAAUACAUUAUUUGUAGUCUCCA